AUGAACGACUACGGUGCAGAUGGAAUCAUUGGUAAAGGACCGUAUGGAACAGUUGACAAAGGAAGAUUAGGAGAUAAUACAAUGAUUUGCAUAAAGGAGUACAAUAUGGGUGGUAAGUACAAGAGUUUUCAAGCUCUUAGUAAUAAGAUAGCUCUUCUUUCUCAGAUGAACCACAAAAAUGUGGUGAGGCUAUUGGGUGGUUGUGUGGAGGGAAAAACGCCGCUACUAGUUUACGAGUUCAUCCACAACGGCACUCUUUAUGAUCACAUUCAAAGAUCGUUGUUACAGAGGUCCGGAAGGCCACCACUUUCGUUUAAGUUACGGUUAAAGUAG